CCGUGCGAGAGAGUGAGAGAGAAAAAAAGAGACAAAAGAAAAAAAAAGAACGAAACGAGAGAAGUUAAUCAGUGUGUCGGAGCGGCCUGUACAACAAAUUGUCACUCACUGAAAGUGUUGUUUGGAAUAUUUUCAUACAUAUUUACUUCUCUUUUUUUUUACUAUAUGGUGUUUGUCAAAGAGUAGAUUCAGAUUCAGAUUCAUUUUUUAUUGUGAAAUCAUUCUUUUGAUAGUUUAUUCUCGCGCUGGGUCGAACGAAUCAAAACUUGUUGUCAGUUUUGUUUUCGACAAGAAAAAAGAAACGAAAUCAGUUCGGUGUUGUUAUUGGAUUUACUGUCAAUUUGUUGGCAUUUCGUUUGUUUUUCUUUCUUCAUUUUGGGCUAAAUAAUUUGACGAAAUUAUGGGUGCAGGAAGUAGUGUUGAAGUUCCUGGUGGUGGCACUGAAGGAUACCAUGUGUUACGUGUGCAAAGUGGUUCACCGGCCGAAGCAGUUGGAUUGGAAGCAUUUUUCGAUUUUGUCAUUGCAAUCGAAAACAUUCGAUUGGACCAAGACAAUGAUACACUCAAGGAAUUGCUGAAGAAGAAUGUAAACAAACCCAUACGGGUGACGGUGUACAGCAGUAAAACGCAAAAUGUUCGCGAAAUUGUGCUUACCCCGAGCGAUACAUGGGGUGGCCAAGGAUUAUUAGGCGUUUCAAUACGGUUUUGCUCGUUUGAAGGUGCCAACGAAAAUGUAUGGCACAUUUUGGACGUGCAUCCAUCGUCACCGGCCGAAGAGGCUGGAUUGAGAUCGUUUACCGAUUACAUCAUUGGUGCCGAUUCCAUUUUGCAUGAGAGCGAAGAUCUCUUUACAUUGAUCGAAUCACACGAACAACGACCACUAAAACUUUAUGUAUAUAAUACAGAUGAUGAUACUUGUCGUGAUGUCACCAUUAAACCCAACUCCAAAUGGGGCGGUGAAGGUAGCUUAGGUUGUGGCAUUGGAUAUGGAUAUUUGCAUCGAAUACCGAUCCGUUUGCUGCCCGACGAAAAGGGUGCAACAGCGAAUAAACCAUUUUUGGGUACGGCACCAUCACCAAUUUCACUCCCAUAUGUUCCGCCUUUGGCCAAUACGUUUGCCUCAACGAAUGUAAAUACAAUACCAAUGGUACCGAAUACCGGUAAAAGUGAUGCAGAAAUCGUCUUUGCCGGCGUAUCCAAUUUGAAUUUGAAUAGUGCGGCGACCGCACCAACGGCACCGUUGCCUACGAAUUUAAUGAAUGAUCCACAAUUGCAACAGCCGCUACAACCUCAACUGAAUGUGAUACCAACAUCACAUCCACAGCCACUAAUUGAAGUGGGCUCGGCUGCCACUGAACAAAUCGUUCAACAGCCGUCGUCACCACCACCAACGAAUUUAACCUCGUUGCCGCAAACAACAAAUUAUCAACAUCCGCCCGUGUUUGCAUCCGUUCCACCCACUAGUAUUCCUAGCCUAAACGAAUCAUUCAAUAUUCCGUCGAUAACUCCAAGCAGUGUACCAGCCUCUAUUUAUCAAACAAAUCCCGUACAAGCUAGUGCAGUUCCGACAUUCAAUCAAUUUGCUAACGUACCUCCGCCAUCAUCGAUCGCCAAUUUACCCGGUUUAGAUUCGGUAUUUGAGCCCAGAUCAGGGGCUCCACCACAGCAAUAUUCCCAAGAACCACAGCAACAACAACAGCAGCAGCAGAAGCAACAGCCUCCGUUUGUGUCACAGCCACCGUAUACAUCAUCGGCAAAUGAGAAUCUAACGUUCGCACAGAAUGCGCCAUCAUUGCAAACGUAUUCAACGUAUCCACAGGUACAGCAAGUGACAACACCAAUUUCUCUGCCUGGUAUGCCGCCGAUCACUGUAAGCGCUACGAUUCCAUCGCAACAAUUCUACAGUAUGGGUCAAACGAUUGCGCCACCAACAUCUCAGUAGAAACGAACCGAAGAGAAAGAAACAAACAAACACCCGAUGACGGCGAAAUUGGCAUUUUAAUUAAUUAAUUUUUUUUUUCGUUCGCUUAUCUAGUUAGUUCGGCAUUGUUAAAUACUGUUUAAUUUCUUGCAACAACAACAACAACAAGAAAAACUAUAGAAUUCUAAGAUGGAAAUGCAUGUGCAAGUGGGCCGAAUAGCAAUGCAAUUUAUAAAAUGGAAGAUUCUUCUGAAUAAACCUAGAAAUAUAUUGAUAUUCAUCAAAAUCAAACGCAAAAUCGAAAUAAAACUGUGUACAACACAAUAACCUACAACACCAGAUCAAAACGGGACGAUUCGUCUGCUUCCCACAUAAUUGAAUCUUCUCACCGCAAUUCUCAAUUGCACAUUUUACAUAAAAUAUAUAUAUAUUUGUUUGAAGAAAGGAGAUAUUCUAUCAUAUUUUUUUUUUCGUUUCGAAAGAGCAAAGCAACACUUUGAAUAAAUUUUAAUAAUAAUAAUUUAUAUUUUUUAUUUUUUUUUCUCCUUUUUUCGUUUGCUCUAUUUUGUCAUUCGGUUUUUAAGCGCGGAAAUUUUUUGGCCAAUUCAAUUUCUUCAAAUGAGCUGGUCAAAAGAAAGAAAAGUGCGAAUACAACAACAAAAAUGAAACACAUGUACGUAAGAAGAAAAAAAAAAGAUGAUCGGCAUGUGAACACGAUUGUUAUCUAGGAAAAAAACAAAUGAAUGCAUAUUAAACGUGUAAGGCAACCACCCCCCUAAAUUUCAUAUUCGUCGAGAGAAAUAAAGAAAAUACAAUUUUUAUUGAACCAAA